UCCGGUGCAUCGUUUGCAUCACUACUUCUGUGAGCGCUUCUUCGCACACUGUAGCAACCUCCGUUCCCGGAGCGAUUCAGCGGAUAAUAAUCAAACCCUAAAAAGUAGUCUAAUUAUCUUCAGGUUAUAAUUCAAAUCGGACUAACCUAAACUAGGGAUGGAAACAACCGUCGGUUGCUGCCCUCAUUGGCUCAUUGCUAUGUGGAUGUGUCUUUUUACUUUAACUUCCACCCUGGACAUGACAAAAACAAAUAUAAGGUGCAUUCCAUCAAGCCAACUCUCUGUUAUCAAGCCGGCUCCCCGGGAACUCUCUAAAGUGGGAUUUGAUCAAUUUGGAAAGGGACCAGAGGAUGAAGCUGUGGGGGUUGCAGAGAAGUCACCAGGUUGUCACCCCUUUAAAAGCAUCUGUAAAAAAGCCAAUGUUGCGGAAUAUUUAGCGCGCGUCUCCGGUGAUGGCGAGGCAAGAAGUUCAGUCCCUGAAUCCGAGCAGCCGUUUGUAAAUAAAUCAUACAGCCGUGGAUUAGAAGAACGUCGGCUCGUGGACAGUUCUGAAGUGCUCUAUCAACAUCAAAGUGGCUCGGGCAUCACCUCCAAACUCACAGAUAGGCCUAUGCCGCCACCUGCCACCCUCAAUAAAGUAACCGUCAAUAACACUAGACAUAAUACAAUUAAUAGUUUUGGAAGAGAAAAUAGACUUAAACGACAUGAGUUAUCAAAAAAGAAGGCUGGGGCAAGUUUGAGGAACCUUCGCCGUCGACGAAAGCGCAGCUUCCAAACGGCGGAGAGCAAAACAUCUUGGUCCGUAUUCGGAUGGAACGGUGAAGAUGCGUCAACCCCCGGGCAACAUGAGUUGAAACUUAGUAGUUCUACAUUCGCACUCACGGGGGAUUCAGCUCAUAACCAAGCCAUGGUGCAUUGGUCCGGCCAAAAUAGCAGCGUGAUUCUAAUGCUGACUAAGUACUUUGACUUCAGCCUUGGCAGUGUCACAGAGAGCUCUCUAUGGAGGUCAACAGACUAUGGAUCCAGGUAUGAGAAACUUGAUGAAAAGGUCGGGCCAAAAACCAUACUAAGCUACUUGUACGUGAGUCCGAAUAACAAACGAAAGAUCAUGUUACUGACCGACCCGGAGGUGGAGAGCAGCCUGCUCAUUAGCUUUGACGAGGGCGCAUCCUAUCAGAGGUACCACUUAGCCUUCGACAUCCUCAGCCUCCUCUUCCACCCCGAGCAGGAGGACUGGAUCCUGGCUUACAGCCACGACCAGAAGCUCUACGUCUCGGUUGAAUUUGGAAGACGAUGGCAGCUCGUACAUGACAGUGUGGUCCCCAACAGAUUUUACUGGUCAAAACUGGGUUUGGACAAAGAACCAGGAAUGAUUCACCUGGAGACAAGUGUUUCUGACAGACGAUCCCAGUAUAUAACAUGCAAGCUGCAGAACUGCACAGAGGCCAACAAAGGCAGGCCUUUCCCUGGGUUUAUCAGCCCGGAUUCCCUGGUGGUUCAGGACCAGUAUGUAUUCAUUCAGGUACCAAUGGGUGGUCGGCCUGUCCAUUAUGUGUCAUACAAAAGAAAUGCUUUCUUCCCCAUGAAGCUGCCUAAGUACACAUUUCCAAAGGACUUGCAGAUAAUCAGCACAGAUGAUAACCAGGUGGUGGCAGCAGUGCAGGAUUGGCACCAGAAUGACUCCUACAACUUGUACAUGUCAGAGGCCCACGGUCUCUUCUUCACUCUGGCCCUGGAGAAUGUAGUGAGCAGUGGGGGACCAGAGGGCAACGUUAUGAUAGACCUCUAUGAGGUAGCAGGGAUAAAAGGGGUGUUCUUGUCAAAUAAAGUUGUCGAGAACGAAGUGAAAACAUUUAUCACUUACAAUAAGGGGCGAGACUGGCGUCUACUACAUGCUCCUACCACUGAUCUGAGCGGUACCAGACUCUACUGUGUACAGCCUUAUUGUUCAUUGCACCUGCAUCUCCAUGUGUCUGACAACCCGUACACAUCUGGAAACAUAGUCAGCAAAGAAUCAGCUCCAGGAAUUAUAGUAGCAUCAGGUACCAUUGGGCCUGAGCUGACUGCCAAUAAUGUCAGCAUUUUCAUCACCUCAGAUGCUGGCAACACUUGGAGAGAGGUAUUUGAGGAGGAGUAUAGCAUCCUCUUUCUUAACCAGGGCGGUGCCCUAGUGGCCAUUCGACACACACCGCUCCCCAUCAGACACAUUUGGUUGAGUUUUGAUGAGGGAAGACACUGGAACAAAUUCAGCUUUACCUCCUCUCCUCUCUAUGUAGACGGAGUCUUAGGAGAGCCAGGGGAGGACACCCUCAUCAUGACAAUAUUUGGCCAUUUCAGCCAUCGUUCUGAAUGGCAGCUUGUCAAGAUUGACUUCAGGCCCAUCUUCAACAGAAGGUGCACCACAGACGACUAUCAGACCUGGCAGUUACACAAUGACGGUAAAGUCUGCAUCAUGGGAGUGAAGAGAAUCUUCCAGAAUCUGAAGCCCGACGCCAGAUGUGUCAAAACCAAAGAUCAGUACAUCUCCCAGAUGUCAGACUCCUGUCCAUGCACUGAGGCUGACUUUGAGUGUGAUUUUGGCUUUGAGAGGCAGAGUGAUGGAGGAUGCACUGCUGCCUUCUGGUUUGUUCCAUCCUCCGUGUCCAGAGACUGCACCACCGGAGACAGCUUCCUAAACACUACAGGAUACCGUAAGGCUCUGUCCAAUAACUGCACUGCGGGAACCCUUGGGAAGUACCGCAUUAGGAGGCAGAGGUGUCUCCACCAGGCCCCCAGGGGUCUGCAGCUGGUCACCAGUGAGGGAACACUCACAGCCACCCUGGGGGACAACGUGACCCUCCUGGUGUUUCUGGAGGAGGGUGAUGGCUCCACAACAAGUAUAACAGUGGACUUUGGAGACGGGACGGCCAUAUCCUACGCUAACAUCAGCUCCAUAGAGGAUGGGGUCAAACAUACCUACAGUAAAGUCGGCAUUUACCAAGUGGCUGCUAUGGCACUCAACAGCCUGGGCUCUGAGAGAGUCUUACUAUACCUGCAUGUUACUUGUACACUUGAGCAAGUGCAGCUUUCAGCUCCCUCUGUGGUUGUUAGGAAUAAAGCAGUGGAUCUAUCAACAGUCCUGAAGCCACGUUAUGUUGGAACAGUCACCUACUACUGGUGGUUCAACAACCACACUGAGCCUGUCGUGACUUUAGUGGGAGGAAUGUCCUUCACCUUCUACAAGGAGGGAACUCAUACUGUCACCGUGCAAGUGUCAGCAGGCAACACUGUCCUUCAAGACAAAAUAACUGUUGCAGUCUAUGAAUAUUUCCGGUCACACGUUUUAGCAUUCUCCUCUAAUCUGGACGCCUUCAAUCCUGCUGUGGCUGAAUGGAGACAGGACAUCAGUAGAGUGGUCAAGGACUCCAUGGUCCAAGUCACAGGGAUCAAUGGAGAGCAGCUUCUGGUGUCAGUGCUCCCAGGGUUGCCAACGGCAGCAGAGUUGUUUAUCAUCCCAGAGAAAAGGCCAACAGAGGGGACAAUGAAUAGAAAAGGGACACAUUUAGAGCAGCUUUCUCAGGUCCUGCUAAGUGCCCUGAACCAAGACCUCAUCCAGUUUACUCUGCGGCCCGGGGUUCAGGUUAACGUUUACCCCACACGACUGUCUCCAGCUCCUCUCGUGGACACCAGUGAGAGUGGGCACAAUGGUGCUGCAGUCAUUAUGCUAGUGUCUGUAGUAUUUGUGGGUUUGGCAGUUUUCGUUAUCUUCAAGUUCAAAAGGAAGAUCCCUGGCAUCAACAUAUACACAGAGGAGAGGUCAGAGAAACAACAGGAAGUGAUCCCUACGGUGGCGUCCAUAGCUGUCCCAAAUCCUGAGGGAGACAUGGUGACCUCUUUGGAGCACUUGGACACAGGGCCAGAUGCACGUGGCAUAGGAUACCUGCCAUCUCUCACAGACAUCAAACUCUCUGAUGAAACUCCCCAUGUGUUUUAAUUCUCCGAGUCUACAGACGACUUGUAAUACAUCUUUUUGGCAGUUACUUCCAGCAAACUCUGAAGUCAUGGAACCAAUGGAUGGUCUCGGGUGUUUUCUACCCAUGCAUGGACAGACCAGCUUACACUAUUUUGCCUGUACUCUGGGGGGGAGGGGGACUGUACAGAUUUUUACAUGCGUCUUGAAAAAGGAAAUUUUUGAUCGAAUUACUUGUAUUUUUGCAAGAACAUUGAAGUUGUUUAUGGGAAUUGUGUAAAUACAGAAUUGCUGAACUAAAGAUGAUUUGACUCAGAUGGUUACAGUUGUGUAUAUGAUCUCAAGACAUAAAACAGUAAUGUACAGUAAUCUAUUUAAUUUGAGUGUUCCAUUUAUAGUUCAACUCUAGUGGUAGGUGUGUGGAGGAUAUGUAAGUGAAGUGUACUUAGUGACUAACUACAUGGAAAUGCUGUAUUUGAAUGAGAUGUGAAAGAAAUGUCUGAAUGUUUGGUUUUAUCACAUUGGCCUGAGUUCUAACUUGAGAUUCAUGCACAAAACUCUGCACUUGUUUCUCAAAUUUGGUUUCAGCCCAUAAGGCAUGCGCUAGUUCAAUCAGUGACCUGAGACCUGUCAUAUUGACUGUGUUAUGCUAUUCUUAUGACAACGUUAUGACAGAACCUAUGUUUUAUCUGCUGGUUGUAAGAGGAUGGAACUUUUCACUUAGUACAUAUCAAUAUCAGACGAGAUCUUUCCCACUGGGCAAAAACGGAUUGAAUCAACGCUGUUUCCACGUAAUUUCAACUCAAAUUGUGAUGACAUUGAAUCAACAUGGAAAACUGAUUGGAUUUGCAAAUGGUCACCAACGUAAGGGCAUUUCACCCAACUUUGAACCUAAAUCCAAUGAUAUGGUGUCAUUUGUUGUUGAUUUCUCGUUGAAUGCAUGUUAGUUGACAACUCAACCAAAUGUAAAUCCAAACUAGACGUUGAACUGAAAGUCUGUGCUCAGUGGCUUGGCUCUGCUGGAUUCUGCCUGAAUCAGAAGUUGAGGGCACACUGAAAUUGGAGUGCAGUCCUUGCAGAAAGAAACUGGUAGACCCCAGGGGCUUGCAUGAGAAGGUUAUAGUUCACGACUUACCAUGCAGACUUCAUGUCUGUCAAGACAUGAACCUCUGAAGAGGUUUUGCACAUAAGAAAGGGACAUACAGUAUCUGCAUGCUUUUUUCUUUACGUUUAUUCUCACACUAGAUAUGUGUCAUGGUAUUAACUCUGGAUGCUACCACUCAACUUACAGUAUUGUUGCACACGUUGCCAUCGGAACUUCUUUACUUGGGCAAAGCGUAGGGAAAAGAUUCACUUCCAAUCUCCUCGUUUUCCAAAUUGGGACUGAGAAAUGGAAGAAUAUUCCUUCUUGUCGACAGUCUGCUAGCCUGAGAUGACUGACAGUUUUCGGUUGGUUGGCUGUCUCUUUGAGAGAGGCACAGAAGUUCUGAAUCAAACUCUCUUUUAAUGUAUUGUCAGCAUAACAUGUCAGUUAGACAAAUUAACUAGAAGCUAUCCACUUGCCGCCACACUCCUUCAAUACAGACUAACACAUAAAUGAACUCAACAACUCAAACCAUACAUCAGCAAUUCCGUUUUUAUUCAUAGCUUGGUAUUUCUAAAACAACACUUUGUUACGCAUACUGUGCAAGAAAACUGUACAUAUUUGUUUUCAUGGUAUUUGUUUUUCACUUCACAUAGAGUUACAGCUAAUCUGUAUUUGGAGAAAUGUAAAAGUACUUUCCAUUUGCAAACAGGCUAUAGCUACAGUAGGUCCGUUUAUACCUGGUGCUAACAUAUGUCCCUUUUCCUGAUCUUAUCCACAUUCUGAUUGUGCCCUUAUUGUAGCCAUUUUGUAACCUUUAUUUAACUAGGCAAGUCAGUUAAGAACAAAAUCUUAUUUACAAUGACGGCCUGC